AAGUACCUUUCAGCAUUCCAUAACUCACCAUCUAACCUGAGAAAGCACAUUGAGAGGAAGCAUACAAGACAGCUGCAGAAAURUAGUGAACUGACUACAGCAGCCUACAAGAGAAAAUCUGAGGAUGGGACGUCUUCCACAAAUCUCAAACAGAUGAAGAUGGAAGAAACAAAGCAAGUCUCUCAGAAAAGUGUUGAUCAGGCAGUACUCAACUUUACAGUUCAUGGUCUACAGCCAUUCUCUGUUGUUGAGCAGCCAGCAUUUCAGAGCCUUGUCCAAGAUCUUCAGCCAAACUGCUCCAUCAUGUCUCGGACUACUGUGCGACGCAACCUUGAUAAAGCCACAUUAGCGAUGAAGRAGAAGGUGAAGGAAGCAAUGAGGAMAAUGCCAUACAUAGCUACAACAACUGACUGCUGGACUGCARRGAGGAGAAGUUUCUUAGGCAUUACAGCCCACUGGCUGGAUCCAAACAGCUUUGAGAGACAUUCUGUUGGUCUUGCAUGCAGGCAGUUAAAGGGCAGUCACACAUUUGACGUCUUGGCAAGUGCAAUGAAUGAUAUACACUCAGAAUAUGAAAUCCGUGAGAAGAUUGUCAGAACCACAACUGAUAAUGGAUCAAACUUCAUUAAAGCAUUCAKAGUAGUUGGAGAAGAUGAAAACAAUGUUACUACUGGGGAGGUAACUGAUGAAGAUCCAACCCCAGAACAUGAUCAUGAUGAAGAUGAAGAGGUGGAAUUCAUUGAUGUUGGCACCAUUAUUACUGAAGAUGAUGGUCUCCAAUACCAWCUUCCAAAGCAUCAUCGGUGCGCUUGCCAUUUGUUGAAUCUGGUUUCUACAGUGGAUGCAAAUAAUGCAAACAAGGUAGAGGCCUACAAGAAGUUAUCGAGAUCGGCCUUCUCCAAAUGUCAGGCUCUUUGGAACAAGACGGCAAGGUCAACUACUGCUGCAGAGGUGGUUGAAGAACAUUGCAAACUUCAGCUGGUGCAACCUAAUGCAACAAGGUGGAACUCCCUUUAUAUGGCUGUAGAGCGGAUCCUGAGAAUCAUUAAAGCACAAGGAGAGGGAGCUGUGAGAAAUGUCUGUGCUGCACUUGGUGUUCCAAAACAUGAAAAGCCUCCACUGUGCCAAAAUGACUCCUCCAGCGCUUCUGAUGAAGAGGACUUUUUCUCCAACAUGAAGCACGUAAACACCCAGGAAACAACGAAACAACUUGAAUCUUACCUGGCAUGUACAUCUGAAGGUAUGGACAUUUUAUCGUCUUACCCAGCUGUAUCCAGCCUGUCACUCAAGUUAAACACUGCCCUACCAGCCUCUGCUGCAUGUGAAAGGCUUUUCAGUGUAGCUGGAUUGAUCUUCAGCCCAAGAAGGGGAAGGAUUGAUUCACACAACUUUGAAAACCAGCUUCUCCUGAAGUUGAAUAAGGACUACUUCAAAUUUGAAUAGUUUGGCCAGGCUGAUAUCCAAAGAAAUGAACAACUUUCAUCUUCUAAAAACUGACUGGCUGGAUGUUGUCUUAGUAAUUUGAUUUAUUUAUUUUUUAUGUUGAGUUUAUCUUAUGGAAAAGUUUUGAUUCAGACAUUAAGCUAAAUUAAUCUGUGCAGAAGUUUCUUUGUUAAGUAUGGCAGUACUUAGUCAUCAGUGUUAUGGUUUCUACUUGUGUUAAGUUAUUACUGUCAAUAUAUGCACGUUUAUGUACAUACACAAUGCUGUGUAUGAGUACUAAAGCUGAGGAGAGACAAUGAUAAAUGUUGCACCAUCUUUUAGGACAGGGGUGUUCAAAGUCCAUCCUCAAGGACAGGUAUCCUGCAUGUUUUAGUUAUUUCUCUGAUUCUACUCACCUGGACCAAAUGGUAGCUCAUCAACAGAUCUGUACAGAACUUUGACUUGCUGAGGAGGUAGCAAAWACCACCAAGGAAAGAACAAAAACAUGCAAGAUACCAUCCCUUGAGCACUGAAUUUGGACACCCUUGUUUUAGAGAUUUGCACGACAUUCUACAGAUGUGAAAAAACUCAGGGUAGAUAUUAUUUGUGGUUUACAGAUUUUAUUAAGGAGUGAGUUGUUGCCAUGUGGCCAAGCCGUUCAAUAGAAUGAGUUCUCAAAAGCAGAGUUGUAGUUUGUUUGAUUCCAUAAUGAAAGUAUGAGGAGAAAAAAGGCUCUCCUGUUUUUUGUUUUAAAUAAAAAAAAUAAUUACAAUAGCUGUCCUUAAUUUUAUUUCUUUUUUAUGCUGAAG